AUGAUCCUCCAUGCCGUAGGUAGUAGGUUGCGAGCGUGCUUUGCUGUCAGUAACUCUCAUGGGUCUGGUGCAGAUAGCAUCACCUCAACUACUUCACUCAUUCCAUUCGAGCAGGAAGAACUCGCAAAAACGCUCGAUCUCAUGGAUCGCCUCAAAGGUGGACUCGACGAGCCGUUCCUGCGUGCAAAGUGCAUCAUAGCGUGCUUCAUAGGAAUUUCGCUACGCUACGUGCUAUAUAUUCUUCUCGCUUUAUUUCAGACCAUUUUGACAGCAUGGGCCUAA